GGUCAAUUAUUGCAACUGGCGGGUUCUCGGCUUCUAUUAGCUUCGCUUCCUGUGCACUUUUUUUCUGUCGACCAGUACGUUUGUUCGCUUGACGGAAAAACACUACCACGCCACGAUACAUUUUCGUGAGGCAAAUCAAGUUUGUUGCGGUUUCUAUUCACUGUAGUUUGGCUACCAACAAUUCACAUUGAGCGAAAAUGCAGUCGGCGGUUCUUUUGCUGUCAUUAAUAGGCGUCUUUCAAAACUGUGGCUGCUCCAAGAUUAUUAUGCUCAAACUGCUGCUGCCCCUUGCCGGAGAAACACGAAUUGACUUAACACUGGAAGCCACUGGGGGCUGCUACAGAUGGACAUCAAUUCGACCAGAAGUUGCGAGCGUCCAGCCCAUUGACGAAGAGACGGGCCAAGGCUGCUCCAGGAAAGCGGUUCUUCAAGCUCUUUCCACGCAGCCCUCCAGAUUGACCAGCAUCAUUCUGGCUGAAGAUGUUGGGACAGGACAGAAACUGCACUGCGAUGUAAGCGUUGACGUGAUCUCGAGUAUCAGCGUUUUUUCCACCAAGAGAAAGAUUCACCUGGACGAUUCGCCCCUUCUACUCAAAAUUAUAGCGCUGGACUCUGAAGGUGCCCAUGAGAUAAGCUUCCUCUCAUUAUAG